ACAGUCACACACACACUGAGACACUUACACAAGGUGCCUGGAUCCUUUGACAGCAGGGACACAGCAACACUUGUUUUUCAAAGGAGGACGCAGAAGAGUGAGAACACAAUGAGAGGGCAGAUAUUACUGCUGGCCCGUCUGCUGCUGCUGUGGAAACUGACCGGUAGGCUUCUGGCGUGGCUUUUGUUUGUAAUCAAGUGAGAUCAAAAUGGUCGGCAAACAUUUCCUGCCUUCAAAAGACACACAACAGCAGUGGGAUAAGAAAAGACUCCACUAGCCUUGUGUCAUGCAACUUGUAUCCGGUUCUUUGCUUGAAAUAAAAUGUUUUCAUCUUUCUUUCCAAUUUCUCCAACAGCUUUUGUCUGUGCUGAUGGAGAUCCCAAAUUUGCAGUAAAGCAGAAUGCUGAUAGCAUCACACUGACCUGCCCUGAUCCCAAACACGCUGUUUUUAAAAAAGAGAAAGAUUUGGGCAAAUCCCCCAAGAUAGAAUACAAGGAUGAGAAUUCAGGGGAGUACACAUGCAAGGCGCCUUCUGAUGAGAAUGACGGGGACAAAAUCUAUGUGAAAUUUCGGACCUGUGACAACUGUGUAGAAAUGGAUGGGGCCACAAUAGCAGGCAUGGUUGUAGGAGAAGUGUUGGCUACAGCCAUGAUAGGAUGGGCUGUUUACCUUCUUGCCUCUUGUUCUCGGCCCCUCAGCGCACCAGCUGCCGACAAGAAAGCUUCUGACAGGCAGCGGCUCAUUCCACACGAGACCGGCGGCAGAGCUGGCAACGACCUGUACCAGGGUCUGAGACCGACUCAGAAGGACGAGUACGAUGUGCUCAGAAGAUAGACGGGCAGUGUCGUGCUGCCUGUCUUCCGGCCGCUGACGACAGCCUUCAGGCUGUCUGUGUUUUCUCCCAGUAGCCUCCUGACUUCUGCAGGGAGCGAAGAGUCGACGUUCUGUUCAGUUUCCUGGGUGGACGUGGUGGCAGAGUGGAGGACAGAGCGAGGCUUUCUGGCUGCAUGUGCUCAGGCUAUUUGUUUUGGUGUACAGUUCCACGGAUGCUGUCCGUCCCUCAUGUAUCUUCUUCUGUAUCAUACUUUUAGUUAGAUUUAUGUAGACUGGAGUCAUUGCAUUGUCUUUUGUACAUUCAUACUCUUAAUAGACUACUCACACUGUCUGAUUUGUCAACCUGUUGCUUUUUUUAUUUGUUUAAUAAUAAAAGUAUACUGUGCUGUGACAUCAUUAGAUCUCUGCAACCUGUAAUGUUACCUUUUGGUAUUAUUUUAGUAAUAUUUGUGUUGACUGAUGAGGUGUUUUCAUUCUUUGUCAGCGGUGCUCGUUUGAGUUAGGAUUAUCAGAGCUCACCUUCUGUAAUAAUCAUCUGAUAUAACGCUGUAAAAACAUGACACAAAUAAGUUCAUUUUGAGAAAUUAAACGG